UAGGUUUUAACAAAGGCCACGCUUAGCUGGUAACCUAUUAAACUAAUGGUCUGAGGAUAUUUUAUCCGAUUAAAUGUCAAGGUCACAGAAUUUAAAUAUCGAUGAACGACCUUAGUAAACCACAUGUCCUAAACCCCCAGUACCAACCAUUGUAUAAGUUGAUAUAUGGUCAGCUGUGUUCUGUAGGAGGGUUGGCAUUGAUACCUCAGCGAUUUGUCACUGGUAUAAUGGCCAGCAGAUGUGCAGAAUAUAAUUGCUAAAUUGUUGUAAUGGAGAACUCCUCGUCGAAUGAAACAUCACUGCUUGAAGAGGAAUAUCGGAGACAAAUCUCGGCAGAUAUUUUGAGUCGCUAUCUUAUUCCUUCUUUAGUUUACGUGAUCGUGCUUAUUCUGAUAGGAGUUCCCGGAAACUGCUUAGUAUGUCACGUGUACACCACAAAAUGGCGCCGAAGACGAAAACCAUCCACUUUGUUUGUCCUAGCCCUUGCCUGGUUUGAUUUACUGAACAAUAUCGUAUCAUUACCCACUGAGAUUUAUCUCCUUACCAAUUACAUGUCAUUUGAUUCGCCAUUUCUGUGUAAAUCAUCCAGAUUUGUGACUUUCUUCAUGAAUGCUGCCUCGUCUGUUGUUCUCGUUGGGAUUGCGAUUGACAGAUUUAUUGGAAUUUGGUGUUCAUUUAAAACUAAACCAUUUAGUGUUUCCAGAGCCAAAUUCGUAGUUGUGCUUUCAGUGAUUCUAGCGACAGUCACAUGUUGGCCUAGUAUUCUUCUCUACGGAACACAAACGAUCAAAUCGCAAAAGUACUCCCUGAAGACUUGCCUCAUUGAUGAUGAUUUCCAUGACAGCGAAUAUAGUGUAUAUCCAUUCGUAUAUGGAAUGUAUUUAUUGGGUUCUAACGUGAUUGUCGAUAUAUUAUUUAUAGUAUUAUAUUCUUUGAUAGGAAUAAAAAUAUAUAGACGACGACAGUUCGGUAGUCUUAGUCCGAAAAGAAGUUGGAGUACAGUGGUGACCUUCAAACGAAGACCAAGUCUUUGUUCAUAUUCUAGUACAACAAAUAUAGACGAGGAUAGUAUUCCUUUAAAUGCUGGGAAAGGAACCAAGUUCAGUGCAAGACUUGUGAGGCAGGAGAGUUUUUCAAGUGACAAGUCAUACAACACUAUGAAGUAUAAAUACAAUAUGAACAGAUCAGUGGAUUCCUUGCCAGCUAAAGUAAAUGGAUUAAAACCUGACAAUUCUUGCCGAGCUCUCUCUAGAAUUAGUGAGUUGCAAAACUUCACAAUCGCUCAAGAACAGCGAAAAAGAUCAGCCAGCUUGCCCGAAUGCAACACUCUCCAUGUUGAUGGUAAAAAAUCACCAAGAAGCACCCUAUUAAAAGGAAAACAUUUAUCACGACAAGCCUCCUUUGUAUCUUCGCAAACUUUACCGAGUGAAGUCUGUCGGUACGGUCGUACGUAUCAUACCGGGAGAACUACUUUCAUGUUGUUCGUUGUGACCCUAGCAUACGUUUUAACGUUCGUACCAUAUUGCGUCAUAGUUGUGAUACGAUACACAAACGAGGGAUUUUACAACACACAAAAUGACUUACAGAAAAACUUUUACCAUCUUUUCCUACGAUCUUAUCUUCUAUCUAGUGCAAUCAAUCCACUAAUUUAUAGCUUUACUAGCCAGGCAUUUCGAAAAGAGUGUUCUGUGAUCUCCAAAAAAUUAUUUUGCAAAUUGAAGGCUAUGAAUGUUUGAAAACGUUUUAAUUAGUAACAAAUUCAAAAUAUACUCUGUGUUUAAGC